AUGGUGCAGAAUAAUCUGGAUAUGGGGGAAACUAGGAAAGGAAUCCUGCUGGAACCAUUCAUCCACCAGGUUGGAGGACAUAUGAGCAUGAUGAAGUAUGAUGACUGCACUGUCUGCAAGCCCCUUGUCUCCCAGGAGCAAUGGUUCUAUGAAUCUCUUCCAACAGCAAUGAAACAGUUCACUCCUCAUUACAAAGGUAUAAUAUCUGUAUAUCUCAAGAAGGACAGCAUGGGAAAUCUGAGUCUCAUAGCCUGUCCACAAAUAGAUAACCAGAAUUCCUUGGAUAAUGCCUCAAAGGAGUGUUCAGUGACAAUAUGGCAGAAACUCAACCAAGCAAACACCAGCAAGAAUGACCACACAUUUGUCAAAUGGAAUCACAGCCCACUCACAAAUGUCAUUGAAAGCAGCUGCCAUGGGAACACACUACUACAGACAGAUCUUCAAGAUGUAUCGUCACUUAUGGAGGAUGCCAAUGGGAACCGAGAAGAAAAUAACCGCUUUAACCCCUGGGGAUUGCACUGCCACAAACAGCAUCUAAACCGCAUGUCUUCCAAGUACAAUGAGAAUAAACUUCAUCAAUUUCUGUUGCUAGAAAAUGUUGUAUCCAAAUAUAAAUACCCAUGCAUUCUGGACUUAAAGAUGGGAACCAGGCAGCAUGGUGAUGAUGCAUCAGAGGAGAAGAAAGCACGCCAAAUAAGGAAAUGUGAACAGAGUACAUCAGCCUCCCUCGGAGUCCGCAUCUGUGGCAUGCAGGUUUACCAGGCAGAUACUGUCCAAUAUAUUUGCAAAGAUAAGUACUACGGACGGAAACUUUCACCAGAUGGCUUCAAGCAAGCCCUCUGCCAGUUCCUUCACAAUGGGAAUCGUUUUAGAACAGACCUUGUGGAACCAAUUCUGUUUCAGCUGAAUACUCUGCUAUCUGUCAUCAAAAACCAGAAUUCUUACCGGUUCUUCUCUAGCUCACUUCUCAUCAACUAUGAGGGACUGGAGAAAACUAUGUCCUCAAACAGUGACCCCCAGGGGCAUUAUCAGAACAUAGGCUGCUCUGCUUCACAUGGAAAUAGCCAUCCUAAAGUUGAUGUUCGCAUGAUAGACUUUGCUCACACAACCCACAAAGACUCAAGGUAUGAGGGACCAGAUCUUGGCUAUAUUUUUGGUCUAGAAAACUUAAUUGAAAUUAUUCAGAGUAUACCCAUGGGAGAAUGA